GAAAUGCCGGUCGGGGAUCCUCUAUUAGUUCGUUUAGUUUUUCACCCUUCAUUGAUGAAAUACCACCAACAUCUGUUUGUCGUGUUCGUGUACCUGAUAAGGCGCUUACUGAAGUAGACCGAGAAAUUUUGCCGGUGUCCCAUUAAACCCGAACCUAGCACAGGUUUCUUCUUUUUCCCACUACUACCCGUACUCCAAAACCCUCCAAAACACACUCACUCACAGUAGUGUCGCCCUUAACGCACGUGAAUCAUUGAUGAGAUUUCGCUAUCAUUAAUCCCUCCCUGGAUCAAUUUUGCGUUCGGCGGGUGUCGGGCGUUUUGUUGUGUUUCCGUUCCAUCGGCCACCGUUCACGUUAUCGGGUGGUUCGGGGCCGCGGGUGUGUUUUGAGGUUAGCGUUUCUCUCCUUUGCGCUAAGCCAGCCCCCGGUCGACAUAUCGAUAAAUGACCGGCGACCGGUGAGAAUCGUUUCAGUCCGCUCGUAACCGUAGUGUUUGAAAGGGGUGUUCGUCAGCAACAAGUUCGGUCACAGCGCAAAGAAAACCCCCCCAAAAAAAAAUGACCACCUCAAACUGGGGCAAGUUCGUCUUGCUCCUGUGGAAGAACUGGAUCAUUACCAAGCGACACUACCUGCAGACAUUCUUCGAAAUAGCUAUCCCCAUACUAGCCUGCAUUCUGCUGAUAAUAAUACGUGGCUUAGUCGAUGCGGAGGAGUUUGACGAACCGACCGUAUUUAACCCGCUCGAGCUGGACACCAUUUCACACCUGCGAAACAACCCAGACAUAGAGCCCCCGAUCAUAUACUCGAUCGCGUACUCACCCCAAAGUCCUUUGCUGCAAAGCGUAGUACAACGGUCGGUCUCCUAUCUGGAUGAAGCGCUGGAAGUGUUAGCCUUCGCCAAUGCACAACUGCUGCAGGCUCACCUGCAGGUGAACAAUGUGCUGGUUGGCAUCGAAUUUCCCGAUGCUUAUGCAACGCUAUCACAACUACCAGACCAAACAAUUCUAUCGCUGCGGUACCCAAGCGAGAUGCGCACGUUCCGUGAGACGGGGUCCGAGUUCUGGAACAAUUGGCAAACGGAGCGACUGUUUCCUCCGUUCCAAGUGCCGGGUGCACGGCAGUACGAGCGUGACGAUGGUGGUUACCCGGCCAACUACUACAACGAAACGUUCCUUCAGGUUCAGAGUGCCAUUUCGCGAUCCAUUCUGCAGGAGCGCGAUCCCAACUACCAGUUCCCCGAUGUGUAUCUCAGCCGCUACCCUUAUCCUCCCUUCUACAGUGACGUCUUGCUAACGGGACUCGAAAAUCUGCUUCCCCUCAUCAUUGUGAUCGCGUUCUUCUACACCUGCAUCAACACCGUCAAGUACAUCACGGUCGAGAAGGAACGGCAGCUGAAGGAAGCGAUGAAGAUCAUGGGACUUUCCAGCUGGCUUCACUGGACCGCUUGGUUCGUGAAGUGCAUCAUCCUGCUCAUCAUUUCCAUCUCCAUCCUGACGAUACUGCUGUGCGUCAGCAUCACCAGCAACACCGAGCUGGCCAUAUUUACCUUCGCCAACUGGUUCGCGAUCUGGUUCUACCUGUUCGUCUACAGCCUUGCCACCAUCACGUUCUGCUUCAUGAUGAGCACCUUCUUCUCGAAGGCAAACACAGCGUCCGGCAUUGCCGGGUUGAUGUGGUUCGUGUUCGUGAUGCCGUACAACAUUGCGUUCUCCAACUACGACACGAUGUCACUGUCGGCAAAGCUGGCGCUCUGUCUAUUCCACAACUCGGCCAUGUCGUUCGGCUUUAUGCUGAUAAUGCGCCACGAAGGUACCACCAACGGGCUGCAGUGGUCGAACAUGUUCGAUCCGGUCACGGUGGAUGAUGAUCUGAGCGUUGGUGCGACCAUGAUGAUGCUGCUCGCCGACACGGUCAUCUAUCUCGUGAUUGCGCUCUACGUGGAGAAGGUGUUCCCGGGCGAGUACGGCGUGGCGGAACCUUGGUACUUUCCGGUGACGAAGAAAUUUUGGACCAAUCAAGUGACGCCCGAGGCCAACAGUGCGGAUGGCAGUGAGCAGCCCGAUGCAAACAGUACCAGCGUAGAGCCGGAACCGGUCGGGAAGUAUGCGGGCAUUCGCAUUAAGGGUUUACGGAAAGUGUUCAACAAAACGAAGGUUGCCGUUAAGGGACUUCAUUUGAGCAUGUUCGAGGAUCAGAUAACGGUGCUGCUGGGGCACAAUGGAGCCGGCAAAACGACCACAAUGUCCAUGCUGACCGGUGUCUUCUCGCCCACGUCCGGUACGGCGCUCAUCAACGACUGUGACAUCCGGACGAAUAUAGAGGGCGCACGAAAGUCGCUGGGCCUGUGCCCGCAGCAUAACGUGCUGUUUAACGAGAUGACCGUUUCGGAGCACAUUAAGUUCUUUGCCCGGCUGAAGGGUGUCGAGAGCAAAAACGUUCCACAGGAAAUCGAUCAUUAUGUGUCGGUGUUGCAGCUGGAAGAUAAACGGCACGCCCAGAGCCAUACGCUGUCCGGCGGUAUGAAGCGCAAGUUGGCGGUCGGUGUGGCGCUGUGCGGUGGCUCGAAGGUGGUGUUCUGUGAUGAGCCAACGUCGGGCAUGGAUCCGACCGCACGGCGCGCGCUCUGGGAUCUGCUGAUACAGGAGAAGCGUGGACGCACGAUCUUACUGUCCACGCAUUUCAUGGAUGAAGCGGACAUACUGGGCGACCGUAUCGCAAUCAUGGCGGACGGAGAACUGAAGGCAGCUGGGUCGUCCUUCUUCCUCAAGAAACGCUUCGGAGUCGGUUAUCGGUUGAUUUGCGUCAAGGAUGACAGCUGUGAUUCGACGCGCGUAACAGACCUCAUGCGAAGACACAUUCCCAACAUUGAGGUUGACACGGACAUCGGUACGGAGCUGUCGUACGUGCUGGACGAUAACUAUACCGCUCUGUUCCAACCGCUACUUCAGGAUCUGGAAAAUAACUCCAACUCGAUCGGGAUUAGCAGCUACGGCAUAUCGUUAACGACGCUGGAAGAGGUGUUCCUACGCGUCGGCAGUGACUCGCACGCUUUGGACAAAAAGCCCACCAUAACCGAUCCCGCCCGCCCUUACGCACUAGAACCCUCGAACGGUUCCACCGUCACACUAACGCUCGAUCAGGAGGAACAUAAGCUACUAACCGGAUUCCCGCUACUCUCCAACCAACUGCUGGCCAUGUUGCUCAAGAAAGCGAUCGCUACCAAGCGCAGCUGGAUCGCUCUGCUCGUACAGAUCUUCAUACCGAUCUUCUUCGUCAUCAUGACGGUCGUGAUCGUGCGCUCGUUCCCCGACUCUCUCGCACUGCCUCCGCUGACGAUCGAUUUUGACAGUUAUGCCACCACCGUCACCGUGCUCGAGGGAACUUCUGCUGAUACGAACGUGAUACAGGCGUACCAACAGCUAUUCGAAGGAACCGGCUCUAGCCGUUCGCUGCUAACGAUUACCGAACCGAUGGUAGAUUACAUCCUGCGAAGAUACGGUCAGAAUUUACCGCAGGUGAACAAUGAGUUCAUGGUGGGUGCCUCCAUCACACCGACCAACCAUACCGUUUGGUUUAACGCGCAAGGAUUCCACACCGCACCGCUGGCCGUCAACACGUUCUACAAUGCGAUGUUGCGCACGGUCUGUGCGCAGUGUUCGAUACUGAUCACGAACCAUCCGCUUCCGUUCCGUCCCGAGACUAGGUUCACGCAACUCCAGGCCGGUAACAACAUGGGCUUCCAGCUCGCUUUCAAUACAGGCUUUGCGAUGGCAUUUGUCGCAGCGCUCUACAUCAUGUUCUACAUCAAGGAGCGUGUGACACGCGCUAAGUUGCUGCAGUUCGUUAGCGGUGCCAACGUGCUCGGAUUCUGGCUGAUAUCGUUCCUUUGGGAUUUUAUGACAUUCUUCGUGACGGUUAUGUUCUACGUGGCGGUACUGGCCGCGUUCCAAGAGGAUGGAUGGUCAACCGGGGACGAGAUUGGUCGAGUCAUUCUCGUAAUGGUCGUGUUUGGCUUCGCCUUCCUACCGCUCACAUAUCUCUUCUCGUUCGCGUUCGACAUACCGGCGAGCGGGUUCGUCAAGGUGAUGAUCCUCAACAUCUUUACCGGUACGAUCUUCUUCAUGACCGUGUUUCUGCUCCUGUUCGAUGGGUUCGAUCUGCGCCACGUUGCCGAGGGCAUGGAGUGGGCCUUCCUCAUAUUCCCCCUGUUUGCGUUAAGCCACUCGCUGAGCAACAUGAACAUUGCCGUCGCCACGCAGCAGGUGUGCGAUUCGCAGUGCGCACUUAUACCGAGCUGCACCCAGGAGUUGCUCUGUCAACUCUUCCCUCAGUGUUGCAAUACCGAAAUAUUUACCUUCGAGCGUACCGGGAUCAGCCGCAAUCUGAUGUACCUGUUCGUGGUGGGGCUGGUUUCGUUCGUGCUGCUCAUGUGCAUCGAGUACCGCGUAAUUGAUCGGCUGUUCAAGCGCAAAUCGAAACAGUCGGCCCCACCGACCGAAGCGGACGACAUCGACUCGGACGUGCGCAUGGAGAAGCUGCGCGUCCGGGGCCUUACCGAGGGUGAAAUCGCUGCCAACAAUCUGGUCCUGCGGGACGUGACCAAGUACUACAAGAAGUUCCUCGCCGUCAAUCAGCUGUCGCUGGCCGUAGAGCAUUCGCAGUGUUUCGGGCUGCUCGGUGUGAAUGGGGCCGGCAAGACGACCACCUUCAAGAUGAUGACCGGUGACGAAAACAUAUCGUUCGGUGAGGCAUGGGUGAACGGGGUGAGCCUGAAGAGCAACAUGAACGAGGUACACCGGCGGAUAGGGUACUGCCCGCAGUUCGAUGCACUGAUCGACGAUCUAACUGGGCGUGAAACGUUAAGAAUAUUUGCCCUUCUGCGUGGUAUACCGAGGACGGAGAUUGCGGCCCUCUCGAACCGAUUGGCGGAGGAGCUUAACUUUGCCAAACACAUCGACAAGCAGACGAAGGCGUACAGUGGCGGUAACAAGCGUAAGCUUAGUACCGCACUUGCACUGAUGGGAAAUCCGGCCGUCGUGUAUCUGGACGAGCCGACCACCGGUAUGGAUCCGGGAGCGCGUCGGCAGCUGUGGGAUGUGGUUUGCAAAGAGCGAGCCGCUGGAAAAGCGAUCGUCCUGACAUCUCACAGUAUGGAGGAGUGUGAGGCACUCUGUACCCGUCUAGCCAUCAUGGUGAACGGAGAGUUUAAAUGUCUCGGCUCGACGCAGCACCUGAAGAAUAAGUUCUCCAACGGGUACUUCCUCACAAUCAAACUAAAACGCAUCGACGAACCGAACGUUGAACGUAUCGAGGAAGUUAAGCAGUACAUCGUCCAGCGGUUCCCAGAGGCAGAAUUAAAGGAAGAGUAUCUCGAAUCGGUAACGUAUCAGAUCCCGUCAGCCAACACCCGCUGGUCAACCAUGUUCGGCAUUAUGGAGGACGCCAAAAAGGUGCUGGACAUUGAAGACUAUGCGUUGGGCCAGACGUCGCUCGAGCAGGUGUUUCUGUUCUUCACGAAAUUCCAGCGUGUUGAGGAUUAGGCGCAAACGAUACCCCGAUCGUUGUACCUCAGGAAGUUGGUUGGGGAAGGGAUAGAAUUAAUGAAGGAUCUUUGACGAAAUCUGCUACGGGUAGGUGUUAUUUAUAACCGUGUGUAUAAAGUGGGAAAUAUUUAUUUUAAAGGAGCCUAUGGUGGAGUCACAUUAGCUACAAUUUACCAAAAAAAAAGCAGAAGAAAAUAAAGAAUACUAACUCAUAAA